UCUCCCACGCGCCUUUUCCGUCUUAAACUGCGAUCCUGAUUUUCAGGUUUUUUCCCCUUCUAUCUUAUCAUCGUAUCGUAAGAUUUCCAUUAGCGAAGCUCAUGAUACGAAUCUCUGCCCGUCAGUAGAGGCAUUUUUUAGAUCUCUGAUUUCUUGGGUUUCUGAAGUUUUGAUUGUGUACAACUUUACAAGGAGAGUAUUUCGGUAGGCCUUUUUUAAAAAAUAAAAAUAAAAUCCCGGAAUGAGGAAUUUCAUAUGUAGAGAUUGAAAAAGUCCACUUUCUAGGGUUUUGAGAAGGUCUCCUUUGAUAUGAAGUCUUCCUGAGCAGUUCAAGCCCAGAUCUUACUGGUGUAGAAAUUUUGGACGUCUGGCUGCUUGGCUUUCUUUGUAACGGAUUGCUUUCAUAGUUUAGAAGUUGAGAAAAAAAGAUAUCUGAAUUCUAGGGUUUUGCAAGUUCACCAUCAAUACGAAGGUUUUGGGACACAUUACGAGAAGAAUCACAGAUUCAUUUACUUCUCUUCUUUUGAGUGCAUUUUUCUUGCAUGGACAGCUUGGACAGAUGACUUGGGUUUUAAAUCAGCUAAAGAAAAGCCCUGAUUUCUAGGGUUUAUUUGUUUAUUUUUGUUAUGUACUUGUGUGUUUGAUAUUGAACGGGCUAGUACUUGAGGAUUGUUUGUUGAUGGAGAAGGAUAAAUCACCAGGCCAUGGGGGCAGUGGUCUGCCUCCUCCUUCAGGUCGUUACUCUGCUUUUCCCUCAACGACGAACUCUUUAAACAUAAAGUGUGAAUCCUCGCCCUCAUCUGGUCUCCCUAAAUUGCCAGAAUCCAGUCAUUUUAGCCACUCAAUGUCAACUGAGUCCAGCCGUUUCAGCCAUGACAUCAGCCAGAUGCCGGAUUUCCCCCCUAAGAACCGUGGUCACAGGCGGGCCCACUCCGAGAUUCUUGGCCUUCCUGAUGACAUCAGCUUUGACAGUGAUCUUGGUGUUGUGGGUUCUGCCGAUGGUCCUUCACUGUCCGAUGAUACCGAGGAAGAUCUCUUCUCAAUGUACAUUGACAUGGAGAAGUUUACCUCAUCUUGUGCUACAUCUGGUGAGUCCUCGGCAGCAGCGGCAGUUCCUCCAGGCAAUAAUAUGAUUGCGGGUCCUAGCGAGAGGCCGAGGAUUAGGCACCAACAUAGCCAAUCCAUGGAUGGAUCCACCUCAAUCAAGCCGGAGAUGCUUGUUUCGGGUACAGAAGGUCCUUCAUCGGUUGAACAGAAGAAAGCCAUGUCAGCAUCAAAGCUUGCUGAUCUUGCUCUUAUCGAUCCGAAGCGUGCAAAGAGGAUAUGGGCAAAUAGGCAGUCAGCCGCAAGGUCCAAAGAAAGGAAGAUGCGCUACAUAGCAGAGCUUGAACGGAAAGUGCAGACCCUGCAAACAGAAGCAACCACACUGUCUGCUCAAUUGACCAUGUUACAGAGAGACACAAAUGGUCUGACUACUGAAAACAAUGAGCUGAAACUACGUUUGCAAACCAUGGAGCAACAAGUUCACCUACAAGAUGCUCUAAAUGACGCACUGAGAGACGAGGUUCAGCGUUUGAAAUUGGCAACAGGCCAAGCCAUUCCAAAUGGGGGACAAAUGAUGAAUUAUGCUUCAUCAUACAGUGCGAAUCAACAGUUCUAUCCCCACAACAAUGCGAUGCAGACACUUAUGACUGCCCACCAAUUUCAGCAACUCCAAAUCCAUUCUCAGCAGCAACCACAGCAGCUACACCAACAGCAUCAGCAGCUGCAGUCGCAACAGCAAUCACAACCACAACCCAACAAAGGACCCUUGCCAUCUCCGAAUCACAGAGAAUCAGAUGUCAGCUCCUCGUCCAGGGAAUGAGAAAGAGCUCUCGUGGUUAGUAGCUGUCGAAAAAUUAUUACUUUUAACUGCAGCCUUUAUUGUUCAGUAGGGAAAAUUCACAUCUGCAUGAUGUGGACAAAUUCAUAUUUUUUAUUGGUGCCAAUUAAUUCAAUUCCAUUUUAUGAAAUUCGGCCUCAUACUGUCCUAAGAUGAAUUGCUUGUUCCAAUCAACUCUUCAAGUGGUUUAAUUGUUAUUUCUUAGAAUUCGCCAUUAUUUUGAAAGAUGAAAAGGGGUUUAUAAUGUAAGAUAAUAUUCAUGUUUAACCAUUACUUUCCUUCUAAUUUGUGUCGAAGCUCUACAGUUGUGCUUUGUUGUGGUGACUUUGUCAAGGUAAAUGAAAGUUAUUGUUUGGGUGA